UAAAUUAUACAUUAGUAUAACUGUUACAUUUGAAUUGAACAGACCUAGUUAGGUAAAAAUGGAUUUGGUUAAAGGAAAACAAUUAUUUUAUAGUUUAAUUUUGUUGAGUAUAACAAUUCUUGUUUGUGGACGAUUUACUCCAGAACAAAUCGAUUUUUACGGAAAAGAGUGUAAUGCAAGCCAAGAAGACUUACAAAUAGCCAAAGAAUAUAAAGUACCCACUUCGGAAUUGGGGAAGUGUCUAAUGAAGUGUAUGAUAAGUAAAUUAGGAAUGUUAAAUUCAGAUGGAACAUAUAAUAAAACUGGUACUUUUGAAGCAUUAAAACAAUACUGGCAAGAAUGGCCUAUUGAUAAAGUAGAAUUAAUUAAUAACAAGUGUCAUUCAGAAGCUAGCAAAGCAUCACCAGAUGUAAUAGCAACAUGUAAUUACGCCUUUGAAGUUAUGGCAUGUAUUAAUAUAGAAGCAAAAACCCUUGGAGUAUUAUAAUUACAAAUGCUAUAGAACAAGUUGGAGGAUCAAUAAAAAAAAUGCAAUCAAAAGAAGAUUUUGUUAUGUAUUAUAAGAAUUAUUUUUAUUAGUAAUUUGAUCAAGUACUCAAAUCCGACUUAAAUCAUAAUUUAAUUUUUACGAAUUUCACCGAUCGUAGAAUGUACAGUAUUUAUUUCGGGUUUUCCAAAGACCUUGACAUAUUCAAUAAUCAACAAUUAUAAUUACUGUAAUUGUUUUAAUAUUAAAUAAAACACUUUUCAUCUAAAAUGUGA